CGAGAUAGUUGGUGUCGAUUUUCCCACUUUUAUUUUGCCCUUUGUUACCUUUUCACAUGCAGUCCGGCAGCCCACCACCACCCUGAACGUGCCUCGUCCUUUUGUGUCAACUUUCCUCCCAUUGGUUUUAUUUCCUCAAAAAACAAAAAUCAAGAAAUUUUACUACAAUUCAAUUGCAUGCAAAAUUCUUCCUGAACCCUUAUGUGCUUAUAUUCUUCUUGCUCCACAUUUUGAUUUGGGGGUAAUAUUGACCGAAUUUAGGGCUGGCAUGAUUUUUUUGGGGUUUUAAUUCUUAAAUCCCUUUUCGAAAAAAUGCAAAUUACAUUUUAAGAAAGCCAUCACUGUACAGUUGAAUUCACAAUAGAAGGAAAAUUGAUUGGAAAUAGAGUUUCUGGUAUGUGAUUGAGUUGAUAAUCAACACAUUCUAGGGUUUUCAAAUAGUGUAUGAUAAUAAUGGCAGAUGGAUUCAAAAACUGAGAUGGGGAAAGCUUUUGGGUGUGGAGGAGCUAUGUCUACAACACAAGGGUUGCUGAAAUCUGAUGGUUUAGGGUUGUUAAAUCAUAUUCAAAGUUGUUCACAGUUAUCUGCUUGCAGCAUUACAUCUGAAAGUUCUGCCCUUAAUUUUGUAUAUCAGAGAAAGAGGCGUCCAAAAAACCCUACUUUUGUUGCCCCAAUUACAUCACCUGAUAGCAUAAAUUUUGUCUAUGAAAGAAGGAAGAAUCACAAAAGGGCAGUCACUAUUUUCCCAGCCAUGGUCUCGACGAAUUCUUCGCCUGAUGGUGUUUGUAAUUCGUCCAUCAGAGAGAACCGAGUCGUACCCUCGUGCCCGGAAAAUAGAGGAUUGAGUGGACAGGAGCAGCUGUUGACAACUUCAGAAACAAUUGAUGGGUGUGUAAGUGAGGAACGUGGUUGUUAUGUAAAAGACAAGAUGAACAAGAAUUUCGAGUUGUAUAGUGUAGAUGAUAGCUGUUCGUCGUCGUUGCUUGAUAUGGGCUCGAGUCCGUUGAAGAGUAAAAUAGAUGACACUGAUGAGUGUUCAUCCUCUGGUGCACUUGUUGUUGAUGUGAUGGAAAAUGACCAAUCACAGUCGGCUAAGGGUCUUUGUGUUUCUAUUCUUCGAAGCCAUGGAUUGUUGUCUGAUUCUGGGUUAAACAGAUCUGGUGCUUCCGAGGAAGAACCACCAUCAUGUAGUGGCAGCAGUUGUUCUCGCACUUGUAAUGUUUGUGGUGUAAUUGGUACAGCGGUAGACAUGCUAAUUUGCGACGAGUGUGAGGAAGCAUUCCAUAUUUCUUGCUUCAAUCCAAGCAUAAAAAAGCUUCCUAUAGAUGAUUGGUAUUGUCAACCUUGUUCUAAAAAGAAGCAUAACUUGUUAAGAGAGAGAGCGGUUAGGAAGUCUUCAAUUAUCCGGACUGAAAAGGGUUCUGUAACCUCUGAAGGAGAUUUUAGUCCAAUAGCAUUGAUGUUAAAGGAUUCUCAGCCUUACAUAACUAGUGUUCGUGUUGGUAAAGGAUUCCAAGCGAUUGUGCCUGAAUGGCGUGGACCUGUGAGAAGGGGAGGUGGUGUCGUUCCUGAACCAAUGGAGUUGGAUCCAUCACAUUCUGUUAGUUUGCCUAGACCAUUUUCUGGCAAACCUCGUAAGGCCUUUAUUGGUAAUUGGCUUCAGUGUAGAGAGGUCAUCGUUGGUCUGGGAGACAGCAUAGAUGGAACUAUAUGUGGAAAGUGGCGCAGGGCUCCUCUUUUUGAGGUCCAGUCUGACAAUUGGGAUUGUUUUCGCUCUGUUCUUUGGGAUCAUGUGCAUGCUGACUGCUCUGUACCUCAGGAGCUGGAAACUGAAGAAGUAUUGAAGCAAUUGAAGUACAUUGAAAUGAGGCUCUCACCCCUGGCAGGACAGGGGGUUUACAGACUUGAUCCCUGCAAUAGCAGAGAGGUGUCUGAUACCUGCACAAUAAAAUGUAGUUCAGACAGCCAGUGCUCUGUCAGAAAGUAUGCUGUUCGACUUACGAGGAUAAUUUGUUGAGGCCUCGACUGGCAGCAAAGAGGCGGAAGUUAGAAGUUUGUAAUACUAAUGGCUCUGAGGUCCCUACAGAGGAUGCAAGCAAGUGUACAAGCUCUAUAGAUGCGGGGAGAAAUUCGUAGUCUUGCUGUUCAAUACUGGUGGAAUUAAUGUCAAAGAGUUUAUCGGUCUGACUUUGGUGCAUAGCUAUCCUAUGUUUGCUCACUUGUUGUAAUCAAAACAAAAAGCUGAAUAUAGCAUACUUGUAAAAAUGAUAUAGCUAGUGCCAUUUCUGUCCUUUUGGCUCCUGUAAAAUCUUAGAAUUUGUAUCCCUUGCAUUUUUGCUGUGCUCGUAGGGGAAAAUUUGUCGUCGUAUCAAUCAUAGAUGCUUCAAAUUGUUGAAUCAGUGUAACGAGGAGAGAAAAGACAAUAGCUUACAUAUAAUUGAAAGAUGCCAGAGAUCAUGUGGGAAGAGCAUGAAUGCAUGAUUGCUCUUGUA